GCAGAGGCGAAUGUAGGGUUCCUGCUGGGAAUGCAAUGCCCAGCCUCCUUCCCCGUCUCAUCUAGAUCUUUCUGGAAACCACCUUGCUACUCGAGGGUACUCUAGGUAUGAUCCUUGGACCAGUAGAACGUGCAUCACCUGGGACGUUUCAGAAUCUGAGGCUCCACCAUAGACCUGAGGCACAACCUACACUUUAAGGGGGUCUCAGGGUGAUUUGUGGGCACCAGUGCCUCUCAGCUAAAUCAGAAUCACCCUGAGGGUGUGAAAGAAAUCCCCAGGCUCAGGCCACACCCCAGACCAAUUAAGUCAGAAUCUUUUUCUAAACUCAUCGAGGGAUUCAGACGCAGAGCCAAACGGAGAAUCAGGGCUCUGCACUCUCCCUUCACCUGGGAGCCCGAGAUCACUGACCUCCUGGGGACUGAGCCCUGUGGUCAGGGUCAGGGCUCGCCCUUGUCUGGCCUGGCCUCACAUCUUCACAGCGCUGGUCUUGGCCACCACCUUCAGUCCCUCUUCUCUGGCCUUCCAGGUGUCCCGAUUUUCCUCCCUCCUUUGUCCUCUGGGAGCCUGGGGUGUCCUCAGUCUCCCUCCCUCCCUGGGGGACAAGGCCUUGGACACUACCCACCCACCCUCCACCAAAUCGGCCAUCCCAGCCAGGCGCACAGCCCAUGAUAUAUCUGCCCCUGUAACAGGGAAGUCCUGCUCAGAGCUUGGAAUCGAACUGCAGGGAAGUGUUGAAAUGAGGAAGGUGGGUGAGCCAAGAGCCAGCAGAAGGGCCUUCCUUACCUAUCACAUUUACUCGACUCCUGGGUCUCCUGGCCCAGAGCCAUGCUCUGUCCCCACUGAAAAUUCCCCCUCCUGUGGAGGCCCUGGCUAGAGUUGGCCUUGGCCUGCCUCUGUUGGCAGGAGGUCCUCAGGGGCUGACCCGAGGCCUCCCUGGAGUCCAAGGCCAGCACACAGCAGGGCAGGGGCUGGGAGUGAGGGGGACAGUAGCAGAGUCCAGAAACUAGUGCUGACAUCCGAGGCACAAAGCACAGAUGGGGCGACUGGCAGGACAGGAACUGAAGCGCCUGACAGGAUCUGAGGACAGGCUGGGGCCGUCCCCACCUCCUUUCCUUCCUCCUCUGCCCUCCCUGCUGCACGGCCAGCAGACCCCACCCUGUGGAGCAGAAGCCACAGUCACUUCCUGAAGGCAGCAGCCCUGGCUCGGGUCCCACUCGGCCCUUGGCCCAUCACCCGCCUGCAGCCAUGGGGAGUCAUCAGGACUUUCGGAGCCUUCAAGCAAAGUUCCAGGCCUCUCAGCCUGAGACCAACGAACUCCCCAAAAAACCCCCGAAGCCCGAGUUCAACAAACUCAAGAAGUUUCCACAGCCUGGGCUAAGUGAGCACCCCAAGAAGCCCCCGCAGCCUGAGGUCACCGACCUGCCCAAGAAGCCCUCCAAGCUCGAGCUCAGUGAACUCUGCAGGAAGGCCCCGCAGCUCGAGGCCACUCGGAUCCCCAGGAAGCCCUCGCAGCCUGAGGUCGGCGAGGCCCCUCCGACGGCCUCGCAGCCGGAGCCCAGCGCGCCUGACCAGAAGCCCCCACAGUCUGAGCUCGGCAACACCCCCAGGCCCUCCGUGGAGCCCAAGUUCAGUGCACGCGCCAAGAAGUUCCAGCAGCCCGAGGCCAGUGUGGCCGCCCCAAAGCCCUUGCAGCCCGAGUCCAGCACCUUUCCCAAGAAGCACCCCCAGCCUGAGUUCAGUUGGCUCCCCAAAAAGCCCCCACAGCCUCAGGCCGGUGGCCUCCCUAAGAAGUCCCUGCCGCAGCCCGAGCUCAGUGAGACCCCCGGGGCACUCCCCCCAAAGCCAGAGCCCAGUGAGCCCCACCCCUCCUCCUCACAGCCCAGCUUCAGCACCCUUCCGAAGAAGCCCCCGCAGCCUGAGUUCAGUGCAAACCUCAGAAAGCCCCCGCAGCCUCGGGUUGGUGGCUUCCCUAAGAAGUCCCUGCCACAGUCCAAUUUCAGCGAGGUCCCUCAGGCACCCAACUCGAAGGCCGAGUCCAGGGACUCCUUGCAGCCUGACCUAAGUGCAUUUCCCAGAAAGAUCCCACAGCUUCAGCUGAAUGACCUCCCCAAGCCUCUGCAGCCUGAGUUUGGUGACCUCACCAGGACGUCCUCAGAGCCUGAAGUCAACGUGUUUCCCAAGAUGCCACAGCAGCCCGAAUUCAAAGCGCUCUCCAAGAAGCCCCCGCAGCCUGAGCUGGAGCUGGGCGGCCUCCCCAGGACGUCCUCAGAGCCCGAGUUCAACCUGCUCUCCCCAAAGUUUCCACAGCCUGAGUGCCGGGGGCCUCCCCGCAAAUUCUCACAGCCUGAGCCCAGUUCUCUGCCCAGGAAGCACCCACAGGCCGAGUUCCUCAAAGACCUCCCUAGAAAGCCCCUACUUCCAGGCUCCGUUUCAGAGAGCUCACUGCCCACCGCAGUGGCAGGCUCCGGUGCUAGGUUCCUGCUCGGCCCGGGGUUGGGAGCCAGGCAGCAGAAAUUAGGAGCUCUCACCCGCAGUGAAGGGUCGAGGCUGGGCCUCAGACCUGGCCACCCACCCCGGAGGAGGCCUCUGCCCCCGGUCAGCAGCCUGGGCCCCCCUCCAGCCAAGCCACCACGGCCCCCGAGCCCCAGGGACAUCCAGAGCUUUUGGAGAAUCUCAGCAGCAGACACAGCUCUGCCAAGGGCCUCCUCUUCUGCUGGGAUCCACGUCCAGGCUCGACACCUUGCAGACAUCCCACAGUAUCCCCACAGGGAUGCAGAUGAGGUCUACGAGCUGUAUGAUGACGUGGAGCCCACGGAUGACUCCAGCCCCAGCCCCAGGGGCAGAGAUGAAGUGCCAUCUCCCCAGCAACCCCCCAGGAGGCCACCACAAGACCCAGAGCUCAGGAAGGAGAAGGCCCUCCAGCCACAGCAGUUGAUGCCCACAGACCUGAAGACCCUGAAGCAGAUCCGGAAGGCAGAGAAAGCUGAGAGGGAGUUCCGGAAGAAGUUCAAGUUUGAGGGGGAGAUCGUGAUUCAGACAAGGAUGAUGAUCGACCCCAAUGCCAAGACUCGUCGUGCGGGUGGCAAGCAUCUGGGGAUUCGGCGUGGGGAGAUCCUGGAGGUGAUUGAGUUCACCAACAAGGAGGAGAUGCUAUGCCGGGACACCAAGGGCAAGUAUGGCUACGUGCCCAGAACAGCUCUCCUGCCCCUGGAAACAGAGGUGUACGAUGACGUCGGUUUCUGGGAUCCUCAGGAGAGCCAAGCAUUCCCCCGGGGACAAUAAGGCUUGCAGGUGUAGGGAUCCAGGACAACCCACCAGCCCGGCCACCUGCUAACCCAAAGAACCAUGGAUUCCAGGUUGAUCACCACAGAACUGCCCAGGCUCCUGUCUGACCAUGUACACAGACCACAUAAAGCCCCUCUUUUAAAGUGA